CGCUUCCGGUGAUACUUGCCUGUGGCGCGUUCUGGAAGCUCAGUGGUUGCCAUGGAGGUGUUGGGCGAGUACGUUGGGCUGGACGGGCAACGGCAGCAGCUACGGGUGCCCUGUGAGGCGCCGAACGACGCGGACCCUUUCCAGGGCCUAUUGUCCAGCGUGGCCCAAAUGAGAGAGCUGGUGGCCGAGCUCUUGGGCCCCCAGGUACAGCGGGAAGCGCAGGACAGGGUGGCAGCGGCUCCAGACGAGGCCUUGGACGGUGAUGAUGAAGAUGAUGCAGAAGAUGAAAAUAACAUUGAUAACAGAACUAACUCAGAUGGACCAUCUGCAAAACGGCCAAAACCACCAUCUUAACAAUAGCUUUUAUGAAAUUUAAAAGACUGCUGCCAUGCUUGCUUCGGCAGUACAUACACUAAAAUUGAAUGAUACAGAGAAGAUUAGCAUGGCUCCUGCGCACACAAAUUCGUGAAGCGUUCCAAAAAAGAGACUGCAACCAUUUCUUAGUUAUCACACGCUGACAUUUAAGGAAGACUUCUACUGUUUUGUUUCCCUGGGACAAUUUUGUCAAAGAAAAGCAAACUUUAUUCUGUUUCCAGCCAAGAAAAUAUAUGUUAGGAAUGAAUCUAUGUUCUUGAAUAAGAAAUUUCAGAACAUGGAAAUAAUAGAGAACACUUUAUAAUGUAUAAAAUCCUCUAAGGUGGCAACUGAAUUUGUAUUAUUUUCUACUUUUAAAAUAACCAUUGAAUUAAUUUGUGUGAUGUGUACAUCUUUUAACUUUGGCUUCUGUUAUAAAGAAUAAUGUCAUGGUUCGUGGUCAAAAAUAUUUCCAAAAACUGACGUUAGCAAGUGAUGAAAUGGGGUAGCAAGUAUAAGAAUGGCAAUCUGUAUCACAGAAUUGUAUGCUUGAAACUUAUAUAAUUUUAUUAACCAAUGUCACCUCAAUAAAUUUAAUUCUUUAA